ACAAUUAAGCAACAACGUGUUUCUUUGUGGCAAUAUGGAUUUUGCCAAAAACAUACUCCUAAAAUAUGGCUGGAAAGAAGGUGAAGGGCUCGGGAAAAACUCGGACGGCAUUACGGCGCCGCUCAAAGCCAGUUUCAAGUUUAGCACUAGCGGAAUUGGAGCCGACAAGGUCAGUGACGCUAAAAACAAUUGGUGGGAGCGUGUUUACAAUGAGGCGGCCGGCAAUAUUGAGGUUGAAUCUGGCGGAACCAAGGAAACCGAAGUGCCGGUUUCACUUCGGCAGGUAGAUGCAGAAGCGGUUGAAAUUACCACUAAGAGCUACUCGGUGAACAAACUGAAGCGGAAGGAUAUGGAUCAACAAGGACCGAAAGGUUCAAUGUACGGUAGCGUGUUUCUUAAAGCCUCCACCCUGUUGGGAGGUAUUGGGCGUGAAGAAGACAUGCCGGAUCAUGUUCGCACGGAGGAUAUCGAGUUUGCUCCCGUUAAAACUCUUACGGAUGAGGAGCUGUUUGCGGCGUGUGGUGGCCGAACGGCCCACAAAGGUGCUCGUCAUGGACUGAAACUGAACGGCAAGUUGGCACGGAUAGACGAACAGAACAAUAAGCUCUUGCAGGAGCUGGAGAGCAGAUCUUUCGAGGAUGUGAUAAAGUCUAGUGACUGGCAGGUACAGGCGUCUAAAAACGGGCGUCGAAAAUCGAAAAAACAGAAGCGGAACGAGCAGCGGUGGAUCGCACACGGUUCAGCGGACGCCGAGGAUGAAGUGAAAGAUAUGAUCCAUCAUGCCGAUUACGUGGUAGCUAAGAACAAAAAGAAACAAAAGGUCCAUCAAAAAACGGACCAAGAGCUGGCAAACGAAAUGUCAAGCAUGUUCGCCGAGCUGCCGGAAGAGGAUGGUGGAGUGGAAGAAAACGAACCGGAAGCGGCGCCGAAGCCGAAAUCAAAGAAGCCGAAGCAUAAAUCCAAAUCGGCAUCGAACAAGGGCGCUUCUCUGGAGCAGGAGUUAGAUCUGCUAAGUGAAAAAAUUCGCAAACUAGAUCACAGCUCGGUAACAAUUAAGAAGAAAGAUAAGAAAAAGAAAAGCAAACUAAAACUGGCUGCCGAUGACGACGAUACAGCGAUGCUCGACCCUGCGGCUAAGUACCGUAAGGACUAUCGCCCUGACUUGAAGCAGAACAACCGUUUGCUUAAGUCUGUCGUGCCGCAUGAAGUUAGCGUGGAAACGGUUGCCAAGAAGCCGGCACCGUUGUUAGGGUCAGAUUCUAGUGAUGGAGAGGAAGAAGAUGUCGUGCAGCGGGUGAACGAAGAACAGAACCGGUACAGGUCGAAAAUGAGAGCCAAUGUGCCAAAGAUAAACAUUAUCGAACCCACGGAGGAGGACAGUCUCGUGCUGGGACAGAGUCUGAAAGAACGUCACAAGAACGAUGUGAAGCGUGUGGGUAAUCGUACCACAGGCGGCAAACGGAAGAAAACGAAGAAAAAUCAACGCGUGUUGGCUAAGCUGGCGGAUUCGCUGUCUAAAAAGUUGUAAACGGAAAGCAAUAAUAUGUUACUAACACCAAGACGUGGUAGUGCCUUGUUUUGGCGGGAGGAGAAAACAAGGAUAAUCCCCGCGUUGAAGGGGAAUUCAGGCACACUUCGUAGAUGAUAUCCUUGAGCAACGUGAACCGUACAUUGCGGGGUUCGUGUACAAUAAAACGUUAUCAUUAUUCAAUGAUCAUCAUAUUUUAUAA